UUUGGGGGGAGCAGGAUGGCCAGUAGCUUCUUACCUCGUGCUAAGGAUGGGCUGAUAAAGCGUUAUGGGCAAGAGACCAGCAUUCUGGAUAUUAAUGAAAAAGACACCAUGCAGGAUUUGAAUGACCGCCUCGCUGCCUACCUGGAAAGGGUGAAAUCUCUGGAAGAAUCUAACAGAAAACUGGAACAGUGCAUCCAGGAAACAUAUGCAAAGCGAGCAUCAACUGGGACUCCCGACCUGACUGGAUAUUUCAGUACUAUCACUGAACUGAGGGCUCAGAUCGAAGAAGAGACCCUGAGAAAUGCUGAGCUGCUCCUACAGAUCGAUAAUGCCAAAAUGGCUGCUGAUGAUUUCAGAGUGAAGUUUGAAUCAGAGUUGGCCAUGCACCUGUCUGUGGAAAGGGACCUUGGCAACCUGCGCAAGGCGCUGGAGGAACUCAACGCGAGCCAAGGCAGUCUGCAGGUGCAAGUGGACAAUCUCCAGGAAGAACUGGCUUUUCUCAAGAGGAACCACCAGGAGGAAGUGACCUCUCUCCAGGGAAGGCUGGGGGACAACGUAAGUGUGGAGGUGGAUACCAUGCCCGGCAUCGACUUGCAGAAAAUCCUGGCUGAGGUCCGUGACCAGUAUGAGGAAGUCAUGGAAAAGAACAGCCAGGAAGCUGAGGCAUUGCACAAAGACCAGUGUGAUGUCAUCAGCCACCAGGUUGUGACCAGCUCUGAAGCCCUCCAGGAGGCUCAGGCCAAGAUCGCAGAACUGAAACGUAUGGCCCAGACCUUGGAGAUCGAGCUCCAGUCGCUCCGUAGCACGAAAGUGGUGUUGGAGGGUACCUUGACUGAGACCAAAUUCCACUAUGGAACGGAGCUUUCUCAGCUGCGUGACCUUGUUGCUGCCAGGGAAGCCGAGCUGCUGCAGCUAAGAUCGGAUGCCCAGAACCAAGCGGAAGACUAUGACCGACUGAUGGACCUCAAGACCAGACUGGAGCAGGAGAUAGCCACCUACCGGUGUCUGCUUGAAGGAUCAGAAACUGACCCACCACCCAUAUCAGAGUCCUCUGCGAGCCGCCGGGUGAAGACCGUCAUUGAAGAAUUGGUGGAUGGCAAAGUGAUAUCGUCUCGUGUGGAGGAGGUAGAGCAGCAACUGUGAGAGAUACUGGGCAAAUGUUGGCAGAGGUGCAGGUGGUGGGAACUUCACAUUCAAUUCCAUGCCUAAGGCUUUGGAUGAAAAAUAAAGGAUUGCCGAUAAA